AUGGGUAUUUCUCGUGAUUCUCGCCACAAGAGAGCUGCUACCGGUGCCAAGCGUGCUCAAUUCAGAAAGAAGAGAAAGUUUGAGUUGGGUCGUCAACCAGCCAACACCAAGAUUGGUACCAAGAGAAUCCAUACUGUUAGAACCAGAGGUGGUAACAAGAAGUUCAGAGCUUUGAGAAUUGAAACCGGUAACUUCUCCUGGGCUUCCGAAGGUGUCGCCAGAAAGACCAGAAUUGCUGGUGUCGUCUACCACCCAUCUAACAACGAAUUGGUUAGAACCAACACUUUGACCAAGGCCGCUAUUGUUCAAAUCGAUGCCACUCCAUUCAGACAAUGGUACGAGGCUCACUACGGUCAAACCUUGGGUAAGAAGAAGAACACCAAGGGUGCCGAAGAAGAAACUGUCGCCAAGUCUAGAAACGCUGAGAGAAAGUGGGCUGCUAGAGCUGCUGAUGCCAAGGUUGAGCACUCUGUUGAAGCUCAAUUCGCUGCCGGUAGACUAUACGCCUGUAUCUCUUCUAGACCAGGUCAAUCUGGUAGAUGUGAUGGUUACAUCUUGGAAGGUGAGGAAUUGGCCUUCUACUUGAGAAGAUUGUCUGCUAAGAAAUAA